CAACAGCAAUCUGUCUCCCACUCAUCCAGCGUUGCACUUCAGAGGAGUUUGAUGAAGUCUCUGUGAUCUGCCGACACAAUGAAACGCAAACUCGACACCAACGAUGCACCAACCGUCGAGGUACCCGGAAGUCCAGAGGUUGACGAGCCCGGGCCAUCUUUUGAUGCCUUCGGGCUCGACGCUCGAUUGAUGCAAGCCGUUGCCAAAUCCCAAUUUUCUACGCCGACGCCCGUCCAAGCCAAAGUAAUCGCACUUGCCCUCGAAGGCAAAGAUAUACUGGCCAAAUCCAAGACCGGUUCUGGUAAAACGGCCGCCUACGUCCUCCCGGUCCUCCAAUCCCUCCUUCGUCGCAAAAGAGCCGCUCCCCAAAAGACGAUCUCUACCCUCGUCCUAGUCCCGACACGAGAACUCGCAGACCAGGUCCACAGGACUUUCGGCACGUUCUCGGCCUUUUGUGCGAAAGAGAUCAAUUCCUUGAACUUGACACAGCGAGUCUCCGAUGCGGUCCUUCACGCCGUCCUGCAGGAUUCUCCAGACAUCAUCGUCUCGACGCCGAGCAGGGUCACGCAGUACAUGAACGCAGGCGAGGUCUCACUGGAAAACAUCAGUCAACUCGUCAUCGACGAGGCAGACAUUGUCCUCUCCUACGGAUACGAAGACGACAUGGCUGCCGUCUCUGCGGCACUGCCGCGCGACGUACAGACGUUCCUCAUCAGUGCGACACUGACCCCGGAAGUAGACGAGAUCAAGUCAAUGUUCUGUCGUGACGCCAUCGUCGUCAAGAUCGACGAGAAGGAAGAAAAAGGCGAAGGGGUGACACAAUACGUGGUGCGGUGCGGCGAGGACGAGAAGUUCUUACUCAUAUUUGUCGUCUUCAAGCUCCGCCUAGUCCAGGGGAAGAGCCUCAUAUUCGUCGCCGACGUGGACAGGGCUUACAGACUGAAGCUCUACCUGGAACAAUUCGGAAUCAAGUCAUGCGUCCUGAACGCCGAAUUGCCCGUCAACUCUCGACUCCAUGUGGUCCAAGAGUUCAAUAAGGGACUCUACGAUAUCCUCAUCGCGGCAGACGACCAAGAAGUUCUGGGUGGCGUUGUCAAAGGACGACGUCCUCCCACCUCUGGAAAAGGCCAGGAGAAGGACAUCAGCGACGAAGAAGAUGAAGAUGAGGACGACGAUGUCGGUGGUGGAGCCAACUUCGAAGGUGAAGGCACCACCACAUCCCGUCCGACCAAAAAGGUCAAGGUCUCCAACUCCCAAAAGGACUACGGCGUCUCGCGAGGCAUCGACUUCCAAAACGUCGCGUGCGUGAUCAACUUUGACCUCCCGCGCACCUCCAAGUCGUACACGCACCGCAUCGGCCGGACCGCGCGCGCCGGCAAGGCGGGCAUGUCGCUCUCCUUCGCCGUCCCCUCGGACCUGUACGGGAAACACAAGGCCACGAGCGUCGCCUCGGCGCGGCACGACGAGCGGGUCCUCGCGAAGAUCGAGGCCCGCCAGGGGAAGAAGGGCAACGCCGUCCGGCCCUACGACUUCGACAUGGGCCAGGUCGACGCGUUCCGGUACCGGAUGAACGACGCCCUGCGCGCCGUCACCCGCGCCGCCGUCCACGAGGCCCGCGCCCGCGAGAUCAAGCAGGAGCUGAUCAAGAGCGAGAAGCUCCGCCGGCACUUCGAGGAGAACCCCGGCGACCUCCGCCACCUGCGGCACGACGGCGAACACGGCGCCGUGGUCCGCCAGCAGUCCCACCUCAAGCACGUCCCGGACUACCUCAUGCCUGCCGCCGCGCAGGGCCGCAACAACAAGGCGGGGUCGAGUGCCGACGUUGGCUUCGUCGGGCUGAACAAGCGUGACCAGAAUGGAAGGAAGAAGGGCAAGACCCGAAGAGGUGUACGCAGCGGUGGUGGUCGGAACGGAGGAAAGAAACCAAAACACGAUCCCUUGAAAUCGUUCAGUGCCAGAAAGAAGAACUGAGCCCUACCUAGGUGAUUUCUGGGUAACUCGAAUCGAUCAACUACGUGCAGGUAGAUAAACCACUUCUGGACGAUCGGCAGUCAAUGAUACUAUGCAUACAGUACUCCGUACCGUUGGCCGUGUGUCUAAACUACCGGCUCUGUCUGCC